GUCAUUUUCGCGCAUGCUCAGUAGCAGCUGUUCUGUUUACACAACAUUGCCCUUGCUAGAGAGGGAGCUGAGAACUAAUACGGGAGGACAUAUCUGACAGCUAAGUUACCUCUCCGGGUAAAAGUAUGUCUGUAAAGCAAGCUUUAACCCGGGGGCUCGAGCUGGGCCGGUCGGUCUUUCAGCUGGGUCUCCUUAAAUCGGGUGGCCGAGUCGCAGCAAAGCUCCGAGCUGACCGUUUCCGUGUAGGCCCGUCGGUCCGCACCGUUCAGCCUCAGGCUUUCCUGCCGUCUCGGUACCGCUACUACCGCACCUCUCUGAAGGGCCUGGCUGCCCAGCUCCAGUCCGCUGGUUUCAGGAGGAGGUUCGGCGGGGGGUCCCCGAGAAACAGGGCCGUGUUUUUAGCUUUUGGACUCGGCGUUGGGCUUAUUGAACAGCAGCUGGAGGACGACAGAAAGAGUGCGGCGACAUGUCAGGAGAUACAGGUGAGAAGAAGCACCACACAUGCGGGUACUCCUGGGUACAGUAGCCCGGUACUCUGGAGCCCCUGACCUAGAUUUUAGUAUGUCUGUAUGGUGCUUUAAAUAAUUUGUGGAGCUUGAAUUAAAUAUGGCAUAAAUAAGCUGCCCUAUUUUACAUGGUCGAGUCUGCAAAAUGGAAUACGUUUGAAACUAUAUGAAUAUUAAUCAAAUAGUUUAUUAUUAUUACUUUAUUUGGCAGUUAUAAUAUUUUAAAAAAAUCUAGAUUUAAGCUCCUAAAACUUGAUGGACCUGUGUAAGACACAUUUUACAGUUUUCUUGCUUCUUAGUUUGGUUUAAAAUCAGUUAAAUAAUAAUCAAAACAAAUACUGUACAUAUUUAGACUUUGGAGCUCAGAAGUUAAAAAAGCAUAAACCAAUAUUUUUGGUGUAAUCUAUGAUGUCUGUCUGGAUGAAAUGGGAUUUUUCUACAUGGUAAAAUUUCUGUUCUGCAGGCCGUGUUCAGCAAGAAAAGGUUCCAGAGCCCCCUCAAACCGAUCAUCUCUGGGUACAAACUGGAGGAUUACAUUAUUGGGAAUCAGAUUGGAAAAGGCUCCAAUGCUGCUGUGUACGAGGCUGCAGCUCAGUUCACCCCCCAGAAAGAGAGCAUCAGCGAGAAAUCCCUUCCUGCGGUGCAGCCUAAAGAUGAUGAAGAAGAGAGAGAAACCCCUCGAUCUGUGGCGUGCUGCUCCUUUAGGGGUUUCCCUCUGGCUAUCAAGAUGAUGUGGAACUUUGGGGUUGGUGUUUUGCAUCGUAUCAUACUUUUGUCCUGAAUAUGGGUAUCAGCACACAGAUGAGAGCUGACUUGUUCUUGUUGGUGUCUCUCGCUUGCAGGCGGGGUCAUCAAGCGAGGCGAUAUUAAAAUCCAUGUCUCAGGAGCUGGUGCCUGCAGGUCCUCUGGCUUUAAAGCAGGAAAAGGAGCAAAUCACUCUAGACGGGUAAGUACAAUGAAACUGUCAGCGCCUUCACAGCUCACUUGUCGUCCUACAAAGUGUACAAACGAUGUCUGUGUCCUCUCUUUAGACAUUUUGGAGUCCUGCCCAAGAGUCUUUCAGCUCACCCUAAUGUGAUCAGAGUGUACCGCGCUUUUACAGCAGAUGUGCCGCUGCUGCCGGGUGCCCAGGAAGAGUAUCCUGAUGUUCUGCCAUCCAGGCUGAACCCUGAUGGACUGGGCAACAACCGCACUCUUUUCCUGGUCAUGAAGAAGUAAGAUCUGGUUUCUUUAAACACCAAGAAAGAAACAAUUAGAUUAAAAGGCCUCAUAUAUAAAUCCUGGAGUUGGGUCUGUCUGAAGAAAUCCAUAAAGCUAAAGUAGCUGCUUUCACCCCUUUGCUCAUUACCCUCCUGUAUGCCUGUGUUACAGCUACCCCUGCACACUGAGACAGUACCUGGAAGUGACCUCACCGAGCCGCAGGCAGGGCUCCCUGAUGGUGCUGCAGCUCCUGGAGGCCGUGGACCACCUUUGCAGACAGGGUGUCGCUCACAGAGAUCUCAAAUCAGACAAUGUGCUGCUGGAGUUUGACUCCGGUGAGAGAAAUAUUUAGUCAUCAAAAGACCAAUAUGAGAUUUGAUCCUGUCAGUUUAAUCUUAUAUUCAUUUUUAUUGAUCUUUCUCGCAGAUGGUUGCCCACGUUUGGUGAUUACAGACUUCGGCUGCUGCCUGGCUCAGAGUGACUCCAGUCUGCAGCUGCCCUUCAACAGCAUGUGGGUCAACAGAGGAGGGAAUGCCUCCCUCAUGGCCCCUGAGGUGCUCUUUAAGUAGAUUUUUACUAUUAAGUCAAAGAGGAAUGUCCAAGAAUUGCUUAGUUGUCUUUAACAGGCUUUAACUUCUGGAUCUUUGCUGCACUUUCUCUAAUGCUGUUUUCAUGAUGCGUCUGCUCAAAGGUUUGCACCGCUGUACCUGGAGACGGUGUUGUGAUCGACUACAGCAAAUCAGACGCCUGGGCAGUGGGAGCCAUCUCCUACGAGAUCUUCAACCAGCAGAACCCGUUCUACCGAGGAACCGGACUGGAGAGCAGGAGUUACCAGGAGAAGCAGCUGCCUCCUCUGCCCUCUUCUGUCCCAGCUGAUGUGCAGUUAGUGAUCCGCUUACUGCUCAGGAGGAGCCCAGACAAGGUACUGCUGCAUCUGGAGUGUGUGAAAUCAAUUUGUUUAAACUGUACAUGAGCUACAUGGUCACCAUGAGCAACUGAAGGGAAAAUCUUGUUGUCUGUUCCUCUUACUUUGUUCAUCAGCCAUUAGAUAUCAGCCAGGAAGUGUUCAGGAGGGGAAUUGGGCCACUUUUCUAAAAAUAGACCCUACAGGAGCACAGGGAGAAAACCCAAAACAAGAAAGAUCCAAAAGGAAACAUGAUAAGAUGAACAGAUGAUGACUUGCUUGGUUAAAAAGAGAAUUACAGCCCCUUUCCUGUGUCUUAUUUGUCGUCCUACACCUGAUUAAAAGCUCACUAAGAUGUUUUCCUCUCUCCUCAGCGCCCCAGUGCUCGAGUAGCAGCUAAUAUGCUAAACCUCAGCCUCUGGGGACGCAAAGCCCUGGCCAAUCAGGACAGCGUGGGCAUGAAGAAGCUCACCAAUUGGCUGUUGUGUCAGUCCGCUGUGGUUCUCCUGAAGGGCUGCAGCGGACCCAGCGGGAACAAGGUGGAGGCGGAGCUUCAAAGGAGCUUCCUCGCGAACCUGGACCUGGAGGACCUGCGCACAGCCGUGUGUUUCCUGCUGUAUGGGCAGUGUCAGGCCUGCAUACUGUCUGCAUAGAUCCUCUCUCAGACUCAAAGCUUCAUGGGUAGACUGGGAGCGUAGGGUUAGAGAUCUGCUUUGAUUUUCAGUCUGGCGUAUAUAUUCGUAUAUAACCUCUACAUCUAACAGCUAGUAAGGCAAAAUCCCCUGACACUGCUCUCCUUCACAACUCCAUCGUGUGACUGUCAGUGUUUCUAGCAGGUAUUGUGAAUUAUUAACUUGUGUAAUUCACUCUUUUGGAUCUUCCCUGUUAUCCUCCCCCUCUGCGUUUCUUUUGAUUGUAUCUGAGCCAAAUUUAGCGUCAGCUGGAGUUGAAGGAAGCGCUAAGGGAGCAUUUUUGCACAGCGUAAACAGUCUUGCGGGUGUUUUGCAUCAUGGACAAACGAGGCUGCUGUUAGGGCAGAAAAAAACUCACUAUCAGUUUAUUUUCUGUGGCUAAUAUCUCCUAUAAAUUCAUGAUCGUUCGCCCUAAAUGACAACAUUUUCUCAGGAACGUGAGGCACCGGUGGCUGCUGUUUUUUAUCAUAAGAUUGGAUGUUUUCUUUAAUGGAGGGAUGCACUUUUUAAAUACUUUUUAGGGGGAAAAAAACACACUUUAAGCAAUUAAAUGUGUUCAAAUAAAAGUUAUAUCUGCAGGUGUUUUGGGUUUUUAAAGCUAAACGCUAUUUCUGAUCAUUUGAUUGUAAAGAAAAGGGUAAAAAGACAAUGCUGUUUAAUUCAGCCACCAAACAGAAAACUCAUCCAUGAAAUUUUUCACCCAUAAAUGUUUCAGAAAAGUUGAGAGUUUAGCAGAAAAUUUACCGACCUUCUAAGCAUGUCGUUUUGCUUUGUCUUUGUCCAUUUUUGCACUUUAUGUCCAUGUUUGCACUUUUUGAGACUUGCUGGAGCUUAGCUGCAACAACAGUUAUAUUUUGGUACGGAUUUACAAUUGAAUUGAAUUUAUUUCUACAAUGUAAAGAGGAAAAAUACACUUACAAACAAGCAGCCGGAUAGAAACAAACACUACUCACUGUUUAAGAAAUAUGCCAAAUCUAAGCUACAUGAAUUAAGGGAUUUUAUCCUGUAGACUUUACUGACUUUAAAAUGUGACAAAACUUAUCUUAUUCAGUUGACAAGGUUGGCAUCUUUGUGCGUGAUUAAGAGAGUGUGUGCUUAUAUUAUGAAAAAGAUGGUUAGAUAUAUUUUGGAUACACUUGUAAUUUGAUUUUCCUGCUGAAUUUCAGAAUAAAAGAAUUUGUCCAGGAAAAAAAAACUGUGAAUUUACAUUUCAA